AUGACGGCAAUCCACCUUCCGUCACUGGUGCCCUAUCCGGUGACAAUCACCCAGUUGACAAAAGCUCCUGGAAGCUCGGUCAACAAACAUGACACGAUAUUGAAGUUUAAAUAUUGGGAUGUUGAACGCGAGUUGACAGAUGCUAAGGCUAAUUCUUCCGUGAAUCCGGGCCUUACCGCUUCUCCCGAGGAGCGGACCGUCCAACGAAUCGGCCUGGUAGAACUGCCUGUGGAGGGCAAUCUCGGGAAUUUCAAGGUGUCUGUUGGCCAAGUGAUAUCUGAACCCUGUGUUGCCGUUGAGGUAGAGGAAGCUUGCGCUCAUACUGUGCAAUACGGUGGCCUAUGCGCUCUUUGCGGUCAACUGGUUGAUACGAAAGAUUACCUGGGCUACGACUAUCAGGAGCGGGCGAGCAUUGCGAUGUCACACGAUAAUACCGGGCUUAAAAUUUCACUCGAAGAGGCUCAGAAGAUCGAGCAGCUGGCAGUAACCCGUCUUACCGAAAACAAAAAACUCAUUUUGGUGGUGGACUUAGAUAUGACUGUGAUCCAUGCAACUGUGGAUCCAACUGUUGGCGAGUGGCAAAACGAUCCUGAAAACCCUAAUUAUCCCGCUAUCAAGGACGUUCAAAAGUUUUGUCUUCUGGAAGAAGCCAUCGUGCCUCCGGGAUGGACUGGGCCUAAAAUGGCACCCCAAAAAUGCUGGUACUAUGUCAAGCUACGACCGGGGCUCAAGAAGUUUUUGGAGCUGAUGAAUCAACGCUAUGAAAUGCACAUCUAUACAAUGGCCACUCGCAAUUAUGCACUUGCCAUUGCUAAAAUCAUUGAUCCCGAGGGCAUAUACUUUGGAGACAGAAUCUUAUCUAGAGAUGAGCUGGGUUCGCUCACGCAUAAAAAUUUGAAGCGACUCUUUCCAGUUGAUCAAAGCAUGGUGGUCAUCAUUGAUGACCGUGGUGACGUGUGGCAGUGGGAGGCCAACCUCAUAAAGGUGGUUCCAUAUGACUUCUUUGUUGGCAUUGGUGACAUAAAUCUGAGCUUCUUGCCAAAAAAGCUGGGUCAGUUGAUGGGCCCUACACGCAAGCGUAAUAAGAUUCUUGCCAAAUUAGAAGAAGACGCGGCUGUUACCGAAGAGUCGGCGUCGCCAACACCAACAAAUUCAGGUGAGGAGUAUGAUAGUGAUCUGGAAGCUUUUGUCGCAAACCUUACAAAACAACAACAUGAUCGUCCUCUUGCUAAGUUACAGGAAAAUCUUGAAAAGCUUCACGAUCAACCUAGUUCCGAUGUGGAGGAUGAUGAGCUUUUAUACGAUGAUGACAAUGAGUUGGUUUCUUUAGAAAGAGUAUUGGACAAUGUUCACGGCAGAUAUUAUGACGAGCUUCAGAAGUUUUCUACAGGCAAUAACUCCGUGGCCAAGCGACCCGAUUUGAGUGAUAUCAUUCCUAAAAUGAAGGAAAAGGUACUUGAGGGGGUUGUGAUACUUUUUACAGGGAUAAUACCCACGAUGGUUCCUUUGGAUCAAGCUGAUAUCGUCAUAUGGGCACGCCAAUUUGGUGUGAAGGUUGUCAAUGAGGUUUACCCCAGUGUCACCCACGUGGUGUGCCGAGAUCCCACUCAGGGUCCCGGUCCGACGUUCAAAGCACGCGUAGCUCGGCGAAUUCUACCAAGCGCAAAGCUUGUUAAUCCUGACUGGCUCUUUGCAUGCUUGACUCAGUGGAAGCAUGUUGAUGAGAAGGAUUAUCUUUUACCACUUGAUAACCCUGAAGACUGGCGUGUGAAUGAGCAAGAUAUUGCCAAGUACAAGAAGCUGAUUACCUUCGAAAUGAACUUUGAUGACCUUGAAAAUCUUGAUGAGGAGGUAGAUCAGUUUCUUCAGGAAAGUGACGAAGACGACGACAAUAAUGACGAGUCUAACGAGGCUUACGCGGAUAACGAGGAGAACGAAGCCAUUGAGCUUAUCACCAAUGGAAACGGUAAGCGCUAUCGUGAAGAUGACGACAACCGAGAAGGGGAGCCCAAUGGCAAGAGAGUUGCCCCCGAUACCCUGGCGUCAACUAAGACCGAAAAAGAUGACGACGACCUCGACGAUCUCGAAGCAGAGCUUUUGGAAGGGUUUGAUGAAAUUGAAGACUAG